AUGUCUUCCCUUCUCUUCUUCAUCGCUGCAGCGCAGCUUACCAACGCCUACACCCAAGUCAACGUCGCUAGCCCCUUCAUGACCAAGAACAUCGACCCCAUUGUCGUCCCUGGCGCCUACAAAUCCCACUUGCACUCCUUCUUCGGCUCCGACGCCGUCACACUGAACACCAACACCAGUGCCGAGUUGCAAGCUGGCUGCACAAAUGCCGAGAACCCCAAUGAUUUGAGCGUGUACUGGGUACCUACGCCGCUGUACACUACAGACGGCGGCGCAACCUACUCACCCAUCCCUGUCAUGCGCUUCAGUGCGUACUACAACCUCGGCGAGGCGGAGGCCCAGGUCCCCAUACCGCAGAAUCUGAAAAUGGUUGCGGGUAAAUCCGCGGCCACGACCGCAGCGGAUAUGGUGGCUGAUGCGAAAGCGACCUGGUCCUGCGAGGGUGGAGGCAGCGCCGCACUGGACGCCAAUGGUUUCCCUAGCUCAACAUGCAGUACGCACCUCCAGCAGCUGUUGUACUUCCCAUCCUGCGUCAACACCGACACGCUUGAAACCGCGUACAAGUCGGGCAAAUCGUGCCCAUCCGGCAUGUCCUCGAUGCCCCAGCUGCGCUUCAGCAUCCGCUACGACUUGCGCUCUGUGCUGCCCGACGGGUGGUCUGGAACCGCGCCAAUCAAACUGGCUUGCGGUAACGCGUAUUGCUCGCACGGCGAUUUCAUCAACGGGUGGACGGUCGAGGCUGCCCAGAACAUGCUCGCGACGACCAAGGAAAAGAUGCAUUUCAGUAGUGUGGAUGGCGCGUUGGGAACGUACAACUCUGGUCCCACCUGCAAGGCGACGGACGCGGAUCCCGAGAACGGAACGAGCGAUUUUGCGAAGAGCGUCGAGAUGAUGCAGAAGAGGAGUUUGGCGGGGUGGGCGAGGAGUCGGAUUGCGAGGGGUUUGUAG